CCCCAGAGCGGGAGUUUCGAGGGGAGCAGGGGGAGAGCUGCGGCGUCACGUGGGGAGCCGCGCGGGGACAAGCGCCUGGGGCUGAGUCCCCCGGCGAAGCCACCGCGAAGGGGCCGCAUCCCCCAGAGCCUGACCCUGGGCGUUCGCGAAGGCCUCGCAGAGAGGGGGAGCUCGCCCGCCGGUCCGCGCCUGCACAGGUGUUCGGGUGGCGGCGCCCGGCCCCGCCUGCGGACCCGCAAGAGGCGGGCGGAGGCGCGCCUGUGCGCCGGGGCCGGGGGCCCGCGGGGGAGGUUCCCGCGAGGUGGUUCUUGGGCUCCUCCUCGGCGCCUCAGGUUUCCUCUCUCCGCCUGCCGGCUGCUGGCUGCGGCGCCGCCUCUCCCUCCUCCUUCCUCCCUCCUCCCGCCACUCCCCUUCCCCGCGGCUGGGCCCACUUUGCGGCCUCUACCCGCCUCGCCCCCGCCCGGGCCUCCUCCUGCUUUCUCUCUCCGCUUCCCCUCGAGCCUCUGAGAAGUCCGCAGCCCCGGGACGCCCGGGAAGAUGGCGGCGGCGGCGGGAGACAGCGGCGGCGAGGGGGGUGCGAGCCUGGGCGGCGCGGCGGGGCCGGGGCCGGGGCCGGGACUGCGUGGGCCGGGCCCCUCAGCUGAGGCGCACGAGGGCGCCCUGGACCCCGCGCCCGCCUCGCUGCACCCUGAGGAGGUGGCCGCGCGGCUGCAGCGGAUGCGGCGGGAGCUGAGCAACCGCAGGAAAAUCCUGGUGAAAAACCUGCCCCAGGACAGCAACUGCCAGGAAGUUCAUGAUUUGUUAAAAGACUAUGACUUAAAGUAUUGUUAUGUGGACAGAAAUAAACGAACAGCUUUUGUUACCUUAUUGAAUGGAGAACAAGCCCAGAAUGCAAUUCGGAUGUUUCAUCAAUAUUCUUUUAGAGGAAAAGACUUAAUAGUCCAGCUUCAGCCAACAGAUGCUUUGCUGUGUAUUACCAACCUGCCCAUUUCUUUUACAUUAGAAGAGUUUGAAGAACUUGUUCGUGCUUAUGGAAACAUUGAGAGAUGUUUUCUAGUCUAUAGUGAAGUUACUGGCCAUUCCAAAGGCUAUGGAUUUGUGGAAUACAUGAAAAAGGACUUUGCUGCAAAGGCUAGAUUGGAACUAUUGGGUAAACAGUUGGGAGCAUCAGCACUCUUUGCACAAUGGAUGGAUGUUAAUCUGUUGGCUUCAGAGCUCAUUCAUUCUAAGUGCCUUUGUAUUGAUAAACUCCCCAGUGACUACAGGGAUUCAGAAGAGCUGCUGCAAAUUCUUUCCAGUGUUCAUAAACCAGUGUUUUGCCAGCUUGCACAGGAUGAAGGUAGUUACGUUGGUGGCUUUGCAGUGGUUGAAUAUAGCACUGCUGAGCACACUGAAGAGGUCCAGCAGGCAGCAGACGGUAUGAUCAUCAAGGGCACCAAAGUCCAGGUUUCCUUCUGUGCCCCUGGAGCGCCAGGGCGAAGUACAUUAGCAGCGUUGAUAGCGGCUCAACGUGUGAUGAACAGUAAUCAAAAGGGCUUACUUCCAGAGCCAAAUCCAGUACAAAUUAUGAAAAGUUUAAACAACCCUGCUAUGUUGCAAGUUCUUCUACAACCCCAGUUACGUGGACGAGCUGUUAAACCAGCAGCUCUUGGAACACCUCACAGCUUGCCACAUCUGAUGAAUCCAUCUAUCUCUCCCGCAUUUUUACAUUUGAAUAAAGCACAUCAGAGCUCAGUUAUGGGUAAUACUUCUAAUUUAUUCCUUCAGAAUCUUUCUCAUAUACCACUGGCACAACAGCAAUUAAUGAAGUUUGAGAAUAUUCAUACUAAUAAUAAACCAGGCUUACUUGGAGAGCCCCCAGCUGUGGUACUUCAGACUGCACUAGGGAUAGGGUCAGUGCUUCCAUUGAAAAAGGAGUUGGGACAUCAUCAUGGAGAAGCACAUAAAACAACUAGCCUGAUUCCAACUCAAACAACGAUAACAGCUGGAAUGGGCAUGUUACCAUUCUUUGCAAAUCAGCACAUUGCUGGACAGGCUGGGCCAGGGCACAGUAAUACUCAGGAGAAACAGCCAACCAUGGUAGGAAUGGCAGAAGGAAAUUUCUCAGGGUCGCAGCCUUAUCUUCAGAGCUUUCCAAACCUUGCUGCUGGAAGCUUGCAUGCGGGACACCAUAAACAGCAGCAAAGCCAGCCAAAAGGCACAGAGAUAAGUUCAGGGGCUGCCUCUAAGAAUCAGACUUCACUCUUGGGAGAACCACCAAAAGAAAUUCGGCUCAGUAAAAAUCCAUACUUGAAUUUGGCAAGUGUGUUGCCCAGCAUGUGCUUAUCAUCCCCUGCAAGUAAAACCACUCUUCAUAAGACUGCAAUUGCAAGCAGCAUUCUGGAUGUAAUCUCUCAGGGAAAUGAAUCACAACACACAUUGGAAAAGUGCAUUGCUUAUUCUCCACCUUUUGGCGAUUAUGCACAGGUGUCAUCUUUAAGAAAUGAAAAGCGAGGCUCAUCAUAUCUCAUCUCUGCCCCAGAAGAUGGUUCAGUGGAAUGUGUUGACCAGCAUUCUCAGGGCACAGGAGCAUAUUACAUGGAAACUUACUUAAAAAAGAAACGAGUGUACUGAAUUAAGCUCUUUCCUUAUAACCCCCUAAGGUUCUCUGCAGUAUCUCUGCUGUUCAUCGCUGCCUUAACUUCAUUCAGACUAGCCAUAUCCUUUAAAUACGGGUUUAUAAUUUCCCAGAAGGAACUGUAUUGUGCAGCAGGCAGAAAUGCCAAAUAAAAAAUAGCAAUAAGAAGAGACAUCAAUUGAGGACAUUUUCCACUAGAGUCAGAUGCAUCUUAAUCAGUGUGCUAACUUAUAAUCCACUGGAGAAACUAACAAUGUUCCAAAUAUUCCUUGUUUUAGGACUGGGAAUAAUUUUGACACCGUAUAUAAAAGUUUGAAGCAAUAAAUGGGAAACAGCGUUGUUUCCUGAGCCUUAGAAGAAUGAGUUUCUUAUAAGCCAAUGUGCAUUUCAGUUUACCUUCCCUAGAAGUAAUUGCUUUUAUAGAUUUUUAGGACUUUUCCUAGAACUACAAGGGUGCAAGUUCCAAAUGUGCUGAUGGUAAUAUCGUAAAGACACACUACAUGUACACUCAGUUACACCCAUGCCAGCCAUGCAAAAUUAAACCCAGUAAGAGAGUGACAGUGAUGUCCAAGGUAUCCACUACUACAGAUGCUUUAAGAUGUUGUUUACCAUCUCUACCUUCUGUGAAAAAUACAAGGUAUUUUAAGAAAAGUAGCUUUGGUGAUCUAAUAAAGGGGUUGGUAAACUACACCCAGGGGCCACAUUUGGUCUACCACCCACUUUUGUGUUGCCUGCAAGCUAAGACUAAUGUUUACAUUUUUUAAUGGAGGGAAAAAAAUUUAUGACAUGAAAUUCAGAUUUUAGUGUCCAUAAAUAAAAUUUUAUUGGGACACUGCCAUGCUCAUUCAUUUACGUGUUGCCUGUGGCACUCUUAUGCCACAGUGGCAGAACUGAUUAGAGACCAUAUGGCCUGCAAAGACCAUAUGGCCUGAAUUUUGACUAUCUGGCCAUUUAGAGAAAGUUUCUUGAUCCCUGAUCUAAUAGCACUAAUUCUAAUAGCAACUAUUCCUUUUAAUUCACCUAAAGACACACCUUUAGCCUUUGAGACAGACUUGUAAGUGGAAAGGAACAUGGGUUUCUGUGCCUCAUUUCAUAGCAUAGAUGAUCUAAUGACUAGAAUGGGGCCUAUUUUGAUCACUAAAUGCCCUAUUUCCACAAUAUAGUAAAGCAGUCUGUAUUGCACUUUCUGAUGGGCGUUUUAAGAAGUCACAGUAUUUAUAACCAUUUGAGCUAAUAAGCUAUACCUCACUCUGCUUUCCCUCUCACUCUUUGAUAGUGUGUUAGGGUCAAAAAUCAGUUAUUUAACCCAAUUUACUUGUGAAAGAAGUUUUCUUUAUGGAAUAUGACUUUUGACAUCACCAUUUCCUGAAGACCUUGAUAUUAAAUGCAUGAGAAACCUUUUGCCAUCUAGAAAUUUCUAAGUUUGUUCGUUGUUUUAAGAAUGUAAUUGUUGAUAGGGAAUUUGGGAUCUCGAUCCUAGGAUUUUUGAAAUCAGAUCAUUAAAUAUCUUGUCACUUUGGGGAGUUAUUUUUAACUAUGAUGUGGAUAUCCUGUUUUAAUUAUGAAGUCUAGAAUUGGUACAUAUGUUGUAUGCGUUGUAAAGAAUUUCAUUUGGUCUAAUUUAUUGCAUCUACUGGCUUCUGUUGGAAAAUGACAGAAAGUUUAAGGUAAUUUCUAAGUAUAUACUACCUAUAAAUAACUGAUAAAAAUUAGGGAACAUUCAGUUAUAUAGCAGAUGACUAAUGAGUUUUUCAUGCCUUCCACUUUUCAUUUUCCUGUUGCACUCAGCCUCUUCAUUGUGUAGUCACACCUCCACUAUAGUUCAAACAGAAGAAAGGAGAGAUGGUGGAUUUUGCAUCAGAACUGCAAAGUGAAAGGAAGAGGCUGAAAGAACUGAAACAAAGGUGUGUGGAUUAUGGAACUGGAUAUGCAAUCCAUACUGGCCUGCAGUGUUAUCAUCACUGGGCACAACAGUGCAGAGAACUCAAAGUGGUAAUAGUAAUAAGGACCAUAACCCCACCCCCUCCUCCCCACUAAACUCUAUAAUGCUUGUUAUUUUUCUAUGUAAGCAAAUUGUUUGAAAUGCUUUGAAAAUGAAAUCUUAAUAUUAAAAGGCACAUGCAUGUAAA